AUGCGGCGUUUGCCGGACUCUAUCGGCGACCUCUCCUCGCUCACCUCUCUCCACAUCGACGGCUCGUGGCACGUGGAUCGCUUCCCGCCUCGCGUCGGCGCGCUGCAGCAGAUGCGGCGGCUGGACCUACGAAACUUCAACGGAGCGUUACCAGACGCAUGCGAAAAAUGGGCGAAACUCGAGCAAGUCACUCUGGCUUCGUGCGCCGACAUGCGCACUCUCCAGCUCGCGUCCAUGCGCUCGCUCACGCAUCUCACCAUCAGCUUCUGCUGGAAUCUCCCGUCGCUCCCUCCCAACCUGCGCUUCGCGUCGGCGUUGCGCCAUCUCACAAUCAACUAUCUCAAUCCGAUCAGCGUGUCCCUCGAGCCGCUAAGCCAGCUGGUAUCUCUGGAGUCGCUGGAGAUCUCAAGCGCCGAUCUAGAGGAGCGCUUUCCGGUGGGGCUCUUCGCGUUGCCGUCUCUGGCGCAUGCGGACUUGGGGUACGUCAUGUGGUUGGAGCCUCACAACGUGACACGCAUGGAGAACUCGAGGGAGCUUGCGGAUCUUCUGGGACACGUCGCACGAAAUCACCCGUCUGCCGCCGCCGUCGCCGCAGACACGGCCUCAGCAGCAGCAGCGGGAGCAGCAGCCACGGCAGCAGCCACAGCAGCAGCAGUAGCAGCAGGUGCUCGAGAUGCCACCAACCACACGACACUGGGUCCGUCUCUGAAGCAUCUCAGCAUCUACUUGGGCAGCGUGGGGUACGGCAGGAACGGCGGCGGCAGGCUCAGGCUCUCCGCGCGUGUGUGCGCACUGCUCUCCCUCACGCACCUCCUCAUCGACGGGCUCUCCUCCUCCGCCAUACUCCCCUCCGACCUAGGCCGUCUGCACAACCUGCGCUCGCUCUCCCUCUAUGGCUCCUGGCUCUGCCUCCCGCACUCGCUCUCGCGCCUCGCCCCGUGCCUGCACUCGCUCUCGCUGCACUACACCGGCGACAAGGACGCGGACACAUUCCGCCGGGAGCUGCCUUCCUUCCUCUCGCGUCUCACCUCCAUCGCGCACCUUCACCUCCGCAACAUGCAUGGCCCCUUCCCCCCGCCCUCCUUUGCGCGCCUGCGCGCCCUCCGCACGCUAUGCAUAGAGUACGACAGCGGCUUUUCCAGCCACGUGUCGCUUCCACAGGACCUCGGCCAGCUGGCAGCCUUGGAGUGGCUGGAGCUGAAAGACUGCUCCCAGUAA